GGACUUGGACUCAGCGAGAACAAUCCAUCCAGCGAGCUAGAAAAAGGAUACGAAACCAAUCCAAUCCAGGCCGGAGCGCGAGCGAACUCCGGAAAGGCAAGCCCGUUCCAGUCCAAUCCGCCUCAGUCCAAAAUCCAAUCGCCGGGUGUCAGGGAGGGGCGCCGGGAAGGUUUUAGGCAGGGUUUGUUUGACCUCCCGUUCGUGCGAUUCAGCUCUCCACGCGGGAGGCAAGUACUGACGGAAGCGAAGCCCAAGGAGGAGGGAGGGAGGGGUCGCCGGCGGCGGUGGCGGUGGGACGCGCCGAUGCGCAAGUUUCAGGACUCCGUCAAGGCCCUCCAGGCCGACAUCGAUCACGCCAAUGAGCUGGCGUCGGAAUUCCUGAGGGACUACGACGGCUCGGUCAUCCAGAUGCGGAUGGCCUACAGCGCCGUCGCGCAUUUCCUCGUGCAGUGGACCGACUGCAAGCUGGCCGGCGCGCUCGGCCUCCUCAAGGUUAUGCUAUACAAGGUGUACGCGGACGACUCGUCGGCGCUUCCUGACUGGGAGAGGGAGGCCAGCAUCAGGGAGUUCUACGGCAUCAUUUUCCCGUCGCUGCUGCUGCUGCCGAGCGGCAUCACCGAGCUGGACGACAGGAAACAGAGGAAACUCUGCCUGAAGAAAUUCAGGAGCAGGGAUGAGCAGCUCUCGGAGGUGGACACGGAGAGGGAGCUCGAGUGCGGGAUCUGCCUCGAGGUUAGCCGCAAGAUCGUGCUGCCCGACUGUGCCCACACGCUCUGCAUGCGCUGCUUUGAGGACUGGAACGAGAAAUCAAAGUCCUGCCCCUUCUGUCGCGCCUGCCUUGAGGAGGUGAAGCCAGGCAGCCUGUGGAUGUACACUGACGACAGCGACGUUGUGGAUAUGGAUACUUUGACUAGGGAGAACAUUAGGCGGCUGUUUAUGUACAUAAAUAAGUUGCCACUUGUAGUCCUACAUGUAGUUGACCUUGACAUUUACGAGUACCGCAUCAAGUAAACUACAACUGCCCCGUGUUGAUACCAGUUUUUGUUUCGGUUUACCGCUGUUGUCUAGGCGAUUGGAGUUAUUAACGCCUGACGUGUAGGUGGUGGUGUAGAUUAAGUUUUGUUUGCAUUUUUUAAAAUAUUUGACUUGCACUGUAGUAAAAUAGUUAAAUUGAUCAUAUAGCAUUUGUAACCCAAAUACAACAUAAA